AUGGCGUCGUUCUUCUCCUUCUCCUCGCCGGUCGAUGUCGACGUGCGGUUGGAAGACGAAGAUGCGCGAAAACAGGUCGAGAUCAAGAUGGACAAGGCGGGCAAGGAAAAGUGUCCCAUCUACUUUGAUGGGGAAAGUGUGAAAGGAUCGGUAUCGGUGCGCGUACGCGAUGGCAAGAAACUUGUACAUGAGGGUAUCAAGAUCGAGUUUGUUGGCAGUAUAGAAAUGUUCUACGACCGCGGCAACCACUACGAAUUCCUCUCGCUCGUACAGGAGCUCGCAUCACCGGGAGAGAUGAGGGCAGCACAAAACUUUGAAUUCGAGUUCAAAAACGUCGAAAAGCAGUAUGAAAGCUAUAACGGCAUCAAUGUCAAGUUGAGGUAUUAUAUUCGGGUCACGAUAUCAAGACGCUUGACCGAUGUGGUCAAGGAACGCGAUAUCUGGGUCCACUCGUAUCGCAUGCCACCAGACUCGAACAACGCCAUCAAGAUGGAAGUCGGUAUCGAGGAUUGUUUGCACAUCGAGUUUGAGUACAACAAGUCAAAAUAUCACCUGAAAGACGUCAUUGUGGGCAAGAUCUAUUUCCUUCUCGUUCGAAUCAAAAUCAAGCACAUGGAACUAUCGAUCAUUCGACGCGAAACCACUGGCGCGGCGCCGAACCAGUACAACGAAUCCGAGACCAUCACCAAGUUCGAAAUCAUGGACGGUGCUCCCGUGCGAGGCGAGACUAUUCCCAUUCGUCUCUUCUUAGGUGGAUUCGAACUGACUCCUACGUUCCGAGAUGUCAACAAAAAGUUCAGCACGAGGUAUUACCUGAAUUUGGUGUUGAUCGACGAGGAGAACAGGAGGUACUUUAAGCAACAGGAAAUCACGGUGUUUAGAAUCCCCGAAAACUAG